CGAGACAGCUGAAGGGUAGUGUAAUCUUCAUUCAUUGCGGAAAAUAAGUGGGUUUCUGGCAGAGUGAUGCUACAAUGCACGCGUUUACAGUUAUUCUGCUUGUUUUUGUGCACUGUUACUGUCUUGCUGAUGGGAAAACUGUAUCAGGAGUGUUUCGGAGCCAUAUAGCGAGGGAAAACAAUGGCCAAUAUAUUACAAGAUUUCUCUUCCAUGGAGACAAUGGCUUGAUGUCUUACCGACUGGACAACGUGCCCUUGGCUGUACAUAAAGAGGCCAGACUUCUGCUGUUUCGGGGCACACAGGGCUUUGAGAAUCUCAGCUGCCUGGACAGAGUGUCAGGAGCUCAGUUUACCAUAACCCUAAGCACAGAGGAACACAAUCAGACCAUACCACGGCAGGCCAGACCCCAGACAUGGCAUGUGGUAUAUGCAGACCGUUACACCUGCCAGGAAGAGGAGCUUGCUGGUGUGCAAGAGGAUGUGGGCUUCCAGCUCACAUUGUUAAACCCAGACUCAGCAGGGAACCCAAUGGACCACUUCAGUGCUGAGGAGGCCGGUUUGCACAGCUUCUUCUUCUUGCUGAUCUUGGCCUAUUUCGUAGCUUCCUGUAUCUACAUGCAGCCCCUGUGGCAGGCUUUGUAUAAGGGUGGUCCCAUGCACACAGUGCUGAAGGUCUUGUCCACAGCUCUGUUUCUGCAAGGUCUUUCUGUGCUCUUGAACUACAUCCACAUGGCCAAGUAUGCUAGAGACGGAGUGGGAACACCUCUAAUGGGCAACCUAGCAGAGUUCUGUGACAUGGUGGCUCAAGUGCAGAUGCUAUACAUGCUACUGAGUCUGUGUAUGGGCUGGACACUGAGCCGAGGCAGGAAAUCCCAGAUUAAACCACUGCAGUGGGACUCCUCUCCUACGUCCACUGCUCUUGCUGUUGGAGGAGUUGUAACACAGGGAGCGUUGCUCAUCUGGGAGCAGUUUGAGGACACCGAGCACCACAGUUAUCAUGGUUAUCACAGUGUACCUGGGUUACUGCUGAUGGUGCUGCGUGUUUCUCUCACACUGGUACUUGCAUCAGUAUUGUACCAGAUUAUCUCUGCAGAGCGAAGCACACUCAAAAGGGACUUCUAUCUCAGCUUUGCCAAGGGCUGUUUCCUGUGGUUUCUGUGUCACCCAGUCCUUGUUCUCCUUUCCAUCCUGUUCAGUGAGCAUCAAAAAGAAAAGGUCAUAACUAUUGGUGUGAUUCUGUGCCAGUCCAUCUCAGUGGUGGUCUUGUAUAGGCUAUUCCUCUCUCGUAGUCUUUACUGGGAAGUGUCAUCACUUUCCUCUGUGACACUUCCCCUAACCAUGUCCAGGGGCCAGCGGGGACGAUACUGACGUGCAGUUCUCAUACUACACUAUUCAUACCAGUCCGUAAAGAGCGCAGGGCCGCUCCAGAAGAAACGCUUUGCUGGUAGAUGGAGCAAAAGGUGUGUAUGGAGAAAAAUCACGUGUAUCAUCAUGUAUACGUUACCUUGCACAUGCAUUAUAUCAUAUGCAUUGUUGCAGGCAGGGAUAAUAUACAACAGCUAAGCCAUCUGAAAAAUAAGAACUUGUAUGAUGUAUUAAGUUAGACAUGCAGGGCUGAGAUUUUGUUGCAGAUUAGCAAUAUUUCAUCAGUUUAAGAAUCCCCAUAAACUAAAAAAAUUACAUUGUAGAUAAUCAUGUUGCUGAUGUAUGGAUACAAAGGAUACAAAGACACACUGAGUGGUUUGAUGAGGAUGAAAAUAUAAUUCAUUUGCUAUGGACUUCAUAGUCACCAAACUUCCACCAGUUUAAGACCUUUAUGAGAUUUUGGAGUGACAUGUUAGGCUGCAGGCAUUUAGGCUGUUUUAAGAACACCAGCUAAGGUUUGGAAGAAUGGCAUUCAUCCAUUCACUACAGUUGCACAUUCAAGGAGCAAUGAAGCGGAUUUGCUAAGACCAAUGAUAUUGUUUUUUCCUUUAAUUUGUUACCUGUCUCUGGCAUCUAGAUAAUCUAGUUUUAAAAAGCUGGAACAUGGGACUGGUUCAAUGUGGCACAGUGGCCCAUAGGUGUGACUGAGUAUGUUCACAGCACUCUGCGAUGGACAGGUGUUUGAUCCAGAGUGUAUUUCAUCCUAGGCUCUGGAUACACCGUGACCCUGACAAGGCAGUUACUGAAGAUGAAUGAAUGUUGCUGGUUAUGGAAUCAUAAUAAUACAGAAUCCCAAUGAUUUACAAUAAAUAAAUGGAGCAAUGGGAUAAAUAUGCAUUUUCACACAGAACUGUUACAUGCAUGCUUUUAUAACUAAACUUGAAUAAAGAUGCCAGUGUUUGAUGUCUGAAUUAGUAAGUACAUUUAAUAUUGUAUGUGGUUUGAUGUUCACUUUCACAAGUGCCUGAAAUGACAAUCACUUUGCCAGUGAAAAAGUCUAAUGUGUUUGCUUUGUUGAUUAAUAAAAACAGAGACUGAGACUAUA